AUACUUGUCUCAUGUAUGAGUAUCACUGUCAUUUGCAGAAGGGGUUGGGGAAAAGAUGAUAAGUAUUUUGCCCGAAUUGGUAAAAGUGUUAUCUCUGUCUAUGAAACAUACACCUUUACUCUUAUUGACAAGAAAUCCAUAAAGGUUGAAAACGUUAUGGACAUUAGUUGGUCGCCUACUGUUCCCAAUCUUGCUCUCUUUGUUCCUGAACUUGGCGGAGGAAACCAACCUGCAAGGGUGAGUCUCAUUAAAAUCCCUAGCAAAGAGGAGCUGAGGCAGAAGAAUCUUUUCAGUGUUAGUGAUUGCAAAAUGUAUUGGCAAAGCAGUGGAGAGUACCUUGCUGUGAAGGUUUAUCGGUAUACAAAAACUAAGAAGAGCACAUACACUGCCUUUGAGCUUUUCCGCAUCAAGGAACGAGACAUACCCAUUGAGGUUUUGGAGCUAGAGAACAAAACUGACAAGAUUAUUGCAUUUGCUUGGGAACCGAAGGACCACAGAUUCGCUGUCAUUCAUGCCGACAGCCCUAAGCCUGACAUUAGUUUCUAUUCCAUGCGUAGCACUCAUAAAUCUGGCCGGGUUUCAAAGCUGACUACUCUGAAGGGAAAGCAGGCUAAUGCUCUGUACUGGUCGCCAGCUGGAUGUUUCAUCUUACUUGCAGGGUUGAAGGGCUUCAAUGGACAGUUGGAGUUCUACAAUGUCGAUGAGCUUGAAACCAUGGCAACACCUGAGCAUUUCAUGGCAAUGGAUAUUGAAUGGGAUCCAAUUGGAAGGUAA